AUGACUACAUUUUUUUGGUGGAAACCUGGGCUACGAUCAGACAGAAAGUACUUAUUUAUUUGCUUGGUGAACAAAGUCACAGAAGCGCUAAUUAAAGACUUCCCGACUCUUAAACGCAACUCUAGUGUCAUAAUUCAUCAUUAUCCGGAGAAGCUCGGGGGAUUUAUGAUGACUAUCAAACAUAGAAACGUGUGGCAUCCACGAAAUGCCUGGGCAUACUGGGGGCAUUUGUUGAGAAGUAAUGAGAGGUCAUAA